UCACCAGGAAAGGAUCUCACAGGGAAGGUAGGUGACCAGGAAAGGACCUUUCCAGGGAAGGUAGGUGACCAGGAAAGUCGGGUGAGAAAAGGGAAAAGCUGGGCACAUGUGUGGAUGAGAGAAAGGAAGAAAGGAGAGAUAAGGAGGCUCUUCAGCUGCAGCGUCUGCCAGAAGAAUUUGGGAGAGACGAGGCGAUCGGGACAGGCUGGAUCGGUGUGGGACAGCUGGGCAGAGAGGGAGGAGGAGGAGGGGGUCAGGAUGGGUGGAGGGGGGAGGUGAGGGGGACAGGUGGCUC